GCUGGCAAGGCAGCCGGUGAAGCUGCAGGAGGAGGCAUGAGAGGGAAAGAGAGAGCGAGAGGCGCCCGGACCAGAGCCCCCUUCGCCGCAGUCCGGUGCGGCUCCGUAUUUGCCAGCCCAGGAGCUGCGAAAGUUCAGGGCGGCGGCGGCGGCGGGGGGAUGCAGGAGGAGGACGCCCAGGUUUGAGCAGGCUUCCCGGGAGCAGAAUGGUCCCUUCUCCGCCCCAGACGGCGGGUCCUGGCUGCGAGGUCUUCGCCUGGAGGAGAACCUUCCCCUGGUAGCCCCGCGGGACCCCGACCGGGAGGAAGUGAGCAACAGAAGAGUCCUGAAGAUUGUGGGCUCCCCUCCAUCAUGCCGCAGACCAUAUCUGGCUUCCAGGCUGCCUACAUCACCAUAGAGGUGCUGAUUGCCCUUGUGUCCAUCCCUGGGAAUAUCCUGGUGAUCUGGGCUGUCAAAGUCAACCAGGCCUUACGAGAUGCCACCUUCUACUUUAUUGUCUCUCUGGCAAUUGCAGACGUUGCAGUGGGGGCCUUGGUCAUCCCACUUGCCAUCAUCAUCAACAUUGGACCACGGAUACAUUUCUACAGCUGCCUGAUGGUGGCCUGCCCAGUUCUCAUCCUCACUGAGAGCUCCAUCUUGGCACUCUUGGCCAUUGCUGUAGAUCGCUACCUCAGAGUGAAGAUUCCUACACGCUACAAGAGUGUGGUGACACCCAGACGUGCUGGGGCAGCUAUUGCUUGCUGUUGGUUGGUUUCCUUCCUCGUAGGGCUGACCCCUAUGUUUGGCUGGAACAACCUGAACAAAAUGCGGAAGGCUCACAACUACAGCCAGUCGGAGUUCACUGUGAGUUGCCAGUUUGAGAACGUCAUCAGCAUGGAGUACAUGGUCUACUUCAACUUCUUUGUCUGGGUGCUACCUCCGUUGCUCCUCAUGUUUGCCAUCUACGUGGAGGUCUUCAAGAUCAUCCGAAAACAGCUCAACAAAAAGGUUGCAUCCAGCUCAGCAGACCCAGACAAGUAUUAUGGGAAGGAGCUGCAUAUUGCCAAGUCCCUUGCCUUGGUUCUCUUCUUGUUUGCGGUGAGCUGGCUGCCUCUGCACCUCCGUAACUGUGUCAGUUUCUUCUGCCCCUCAUGCAAGACCCCCAGCAUCCUCACCUACAUUGCUAUAUUUCUGACACAUGGGAACUCAGCCAUGAACCCCAUUGUUUAUGCGUUCAGGAUUAAAAAAUUCAGGACCACAUUCCUGCAAAUCUGGAACCAGUAUUUUUACUGCAAAGUAGACAAGAACAUGAAUAAUAUUGAUAACACUGACAUUGCCAUCUAGAAAUUAAUCAGGUUUGGGCUGGCCCACAGUCUUCAUGCCAAAUACUAUGGUUUAUAAACAUCCCUUUCCUUGUCCAAAUGGCCUAGUUGGCUUCAUCUUCAUUGUAUGCAAUGCCUACUCCUGGGCAGAGAAGGCAAAGCCCAGAGCCAGUCAAGGGCAUUAUUUAUGACUAUUAGUAAUAUUCAUUGUGCCAUUUCAUAUUCUAGGAACUCUCCACCCCACCCCCCUCUUUUUUUAAAGGCAAAUCUUACAUUUAUGCAUUUAAAGGGGAACUAUAUCAACCGGAAGCUGUGACAUCUCCUUCAUUCCAAUAAAGAAGAAAUGCUUCUCUGUGGUUUUCUUUGGUGGGGACUUGCUUUUCAGCCUUCAUGGUAUGGUGUUGCUGGCUAUAAGCUAUUCCAAUCAGGCACAGAAUCAGUGUGUGUGUGUGUGUGUGUGUGAAAUGGACAGAAAUUUGAGAUACAUAUGAAACUUGGCUUCCAAUUUAUUUUAUUAUUGUUGGGAUGCAGAAUUGCCAGUGAGUGAGAUAGCAGGAGCAAUCUGUUCUGAAUUCUGAUUCAGGUAGUGCCUGGUUACCCACACCCAUUUUUUUGAAGCUGGCAAAAAUUACUUGGCAAUUGGGAGUAUUCUUGCUGUAAUUCUUCAUAAGUUAUUUCCAUGGUAAAAAGUAGAAAUUUAAAUGCCGCCUUUAAAUGCUACUUUUUUUUAUGGGUUAGUAAAAUUGGGUAAACCUUCAGCAAAGAGGGCGUGGCCAGGGAUUAAGUGGGCUCUAGUGCCUUCACCAUGGGAACAAUUUUGUCUCAUUUUUUGACCAGUUGAUAGAUAGACAGAUAAACAGACAGAUAGACAGACAGCUUUUUUGUGUGUAUCAGGAGCAACUUGAGAAACUGCAAGUCGCUACGGGUGUGAGAGAAUUGGCUGUCUGCAAGGAUGUUGCCCAGGGGAUGUUUGGAUGUUUUGAUGUUUUACCAUCCUUGUGGGAGGUUUCUCUCAUGUCCCUGCAUGAGAGAGGGAGCUCAUCCACACUCUCCCUGGAUUCGAACCUUCAACCUGUCGGUCUUCAGUCCUGCCGGCACAAGGGUUUAACCCAUUGCGCCACUGGAGGCUCAGACAGCUGAUGUAAGAGCACUGGAGGCAUAGCAGGUAAGACCAGUAACACCAAAAGUAACACAAACUGCACCACAAUCAAUAUUUGUCAUGGCUUAACUGGAUAAACUUUAGCUUGUUCCAUCAUUUCUUCUCCUUUUCCCUAAUCAUAGUGUUUAAUGUAUUCAUGAGUCCUACUGAAAUCCAUGAAAGUGAAUGGCUAAGAAGCAGAUUAUCUUCCAUAUUUAUCCAAAAGCAUCGUUUUUUAUAUCCCUACAACAAUUGUAUUCAGCCAGUUUAGCUGUUCAGCCGCCAAGUGGAAAUGAGUUUUACUGACCUACAGGCUGAUAUAAAUUAUUUCUACACAAAUGAAAGAACAAUGGUCAUGAGAGUAUAAUGCCAGUGAAAGUUGGGUUGCAUGUAUUGAAUUUUUCCUUGGUAAAAAAUAAAUGCUCUUGGUUUCAAAGCA